AUGCGCUCUCUCGUUACCCUUCUCCCAGCGCUAGCCUGCACCGUGAGCACUGUGCUCGCCCUCCCCUUAAACACCACCAACACCACACUCCCCACCCCCGCUCCCGGAGCCGGAGCCGGAGCCUGCAUAAUCUCCAAUGCGACCUCGCCCAUCCUACCCAGCAAAGACCCCUGGUACAAGCCGCCCGCCAACUCCUUCUGGGAGACCACCUUGCCCGGCACCGUCCUCUGCAGCCGCCCUGCACCCGCACAAGACGAAACCCCCGGGUCCAGCGCCAUGAACAUCCUCUUCCGCACGACCGACAGCCACGACAAUCCCACCUGGACCGUGACCACGGUGCUUGCGCCCAGCACUCCCCGGAGCCCGCCCGCCAUGAUCUCGUACCAGCACUUCAUGGACAGCCCGUCCGUGGACGACAGCCCCAGCUACAGAAUCUACAAGGAGGUCGAGCUGUACUUCAUUGUCGAUUCGCUGCUGCAGAAAGGCUACUACGUCAACAUGCCCGACUACGAAGGGCCCAAGGCGAGCUUCACCGCGGGCAAGAUGUCCGGCCACGCAACGCUCGACUCUGUAACGGCGGCGCUGCGGUUCCUCCCCGACGGCAUCCAGUACGCCAUGUACGGCUACUCGGGCGGCUCGUUCGCCACGGAGUGGGCCGCCGAGCUGGCAGAGUCGUACGCGCCGAAGCUGCACUUCGCGGGCGCAGGCAUAGGCGGCGCGUAUCCGAACGUCACGGACGCCUUUGAGAAGCUGCGCGAGCUGCAGCUCACCGACUCGGCGUGGGGGAAGCAUCUGCGGAGCGCGAUGCUGGGCAUCGGAAACGAGCACCAGGACGCAGCGGACUCCGCUAUGGACAUCCUGAUCAGCAUGGGGAAGCUGAGCACCAAGGACUGGGAGGCGGCGAAGAAGAUCGUCAGGUCGACUUCGAAGAUGGACGCACAGGCCAUCUAUGACUUCUCCGGCCAACUCCUCCAGAGCGCGACGGUCCAGAACGUCCUGGAGGAAGACGCCAGGUUCGGAUUGCACGGCCUGCCGCGCAUGCCCAUGGUGAUUCACCGGCAUGAGCUGGACCCGCUGAGCUCGACUGCAGAGACGACAAGUCUGUGGUUUGGGUACUGCUUCCAUGGCGCUAGGGUGCUGUACCACCUUAACCCCGAUGUGUCUAAGGCGCAAGGGCAGGCCAAUUUUGACUGGCAUAGGCAAGAGGGAAUCGACGGCAUGUUCAAGGGUAUGCCGCAGUAUUUCGAGCAGAUGUUCAAUGGGACGUUCCUGCCCGAUGGUUGCCGGUGGGUGUAUGAUAACUGGACGGUGUUGUAAAGCAGGGCGUUCCUUACGACCGGAACGGUUCAUUUCUUCGCGGCUGGAGCUUCAUUAGAUUAUUGAAU